GUGUCUUACCACUAAAAGAAAUGAAUGUCUCUAAGGAAGUUGGCAUCAAAGGCUGCAGCAAUACACAGUGGCCCAGCAGCUCAUGUGACUUGGAUGUAAAUGUUACUUCAGCAAAUGGAACUCAUACCCAUUUUCAGCUACCCACCUUCUCUCCAGCAGCCAAGGCGCGAGUGAUCAUUACAUUUGUCAUUUUCACACUGUCAGCCUUCUGCAACUUGGCUGCUCUUUGGGCAGCUGCUCGGACAAGCAGAAAAAAAAGAUCACAUGUCCGAAUCUUAAUCCUAAAUCUCACCACAGCUGACUUGCUUGUAACAUUCAUUGUGAUGCCAUUGGAUGCUAUUUGGAACAUCACAGUGCAAUGGCAGGCUGGCGACAUAGCCUGUAGAAUACUUAUGUUCCUAAAGCUUCUGUCUAUGUAUUCAUGUGCAUUUGUCACUGUGGUAAUCAGUGUGGACCGGCAGUCUGCCAUCCUCAACCCACUGGCCAUUAACGAUGCCAAGAAGAAAAACAAGAUAAUGUUGUCAGUCGCAUGGUUGAUGAGUGUCGUGCUCUCACUCCCACAGCUGUUUCUGUUUCAUACAGUUACGAUCACAGAGCCACAAAACUUCACCCAGUGUACCACCAAAGGCAGCUUCCAGGAGCACUGGCAGGAGACCCUUUACAACAUGGUGAGCUUUGUUUGCUUGUUCCUUCUUCCUCUGCUCAUCAUGAUCUACUGCUACUCGCGGAUCCUACUGGAGAUAUCCAAGCGGAUGAGCAAGGGAACACUUUCCUCUAAGGAAGUUUACUUGCGACGCUCCAAAAAUAACAUUCCAAAGGCACGGAUGAGGACUCUAAAGAUGAGUGUUGUCAUAGUCAGCUCCUUCAUCAUCUGCUGGACACCAUACUAUCUCCUGGGCUUGUGGUACUGGUUCUACCCUGAAACAAUGGAGGGCAAGGUGUCACAGUCCCUUACACACAUUCUUUUCAUCUUUGGUCUAGUCAAUGCAUGCCUGGACCCUAUUACUUAUGGACUAUUCACCAUACACUUUCGGAAAAGUCUUCAGCGAUAUUGCAGAGGUGGAAGGACAUCAGACCCUGACACAAGCUCCUCAGUCACUGGGUCCUUUCACUGUUCAAUGUCUUCAUUUCGUGCCAAAAAGAUGAUUGUUUUAAAUCAGGACCUACAGAUGUUACAGUCUUGCAAUGGUAACUUAAACAACCCAGACUUCAGGAUGAAUGGCCUAGGCAAUAGCUGCCUCUGAGGUCUACAGCAGUCAACUACACUUGUGUACGAUAUGAGGACACUCUAUGAAACAUUAAUUAUAACAUGCCCUACAGCGUGCUCCCAGUAUAGUGUUUUGUACAAACCUUCUGUUCUCCCAGUUGAUGCAAGCUACUUGCUUGAACUGAAUCAAGGUUAAUCAAACAGCACAGCAAUGUACAUGUCAUCCUGUUUCUACUACAUCGCCAAAUGGAUUAUGUACUUGGAAAUAUAUUUUUUUAAUUUCAGAUGGAGCCAUAAUUUUCCAUGAACAUUUGUCUUCUGACUCAUGUGUUUGGGAUUGGUGGAGGUUAGCUUCUCUCUAAUUUCUACCUCCUAAACUCUAGUUGGUAUAGUUUGAGAGUAAAUGCAGGUCAUAAAGUGUGCUCCCUAUGCUAAAAAGAAAAAUGUAUCAUCUGUAUUUGAGUAUUAAUUAAAAUUGCAGUGUGUACUUUACACCACAGAGUUUUCAUCUGCAACCUUUUUCUGUUUCCCUGUGCAUGAAAGUCAUGGCAAAAAACAUUACAACUAUUGCAUAUGAACAUUCAGAGUUA